AUGGACGCCCAUAAUGCCAUCGUGACCAAGGUCUCGGAGCGCGUCAAGCACUUCCAUUCGCUCCAGCAGCCCUUCCGUAUUUACCACGGCUCAACCAACAGCACCCGCCAGUCGCACCGCAACGCAGACAACACCGUGGACACCAGCAAGCUCACAAACAUCCUCUCCAUCGACAAGGAGCGUUCCACCGCUGUUGUAGAGCCCAAUGUGCCUCUCGACGCCCUUCUGGAUGAGACCCUGAAGGUUGGCCUCAUGCCCCCGGUUGUGAUGGAGCUGCCCGGAAUCACCGUUGGCGGUGGUUUCUCAGGCACCUCUGGAGAGAGCAGCUCGUUCCGCUAUGGCGCUUUCGACUCUACCGUGGAGAGCAUUGAGAUUGUCCUUGCGGACGGCACCAUUUCCAAGGCCUCGAGGACCGAGAAGCCCGAUCUGUUCUGGGGCGCUGCGUCUGCCUUCGGCACCGUGGGAGUGGUCACUCUGGUUGAGGUCAGGUUGAAGCCCGCCAAGAAGUACGUGGCUCUCACCUACAGCCUCUCCAAGAGUGCCACGGAGUACUGCCAGAAGUUCAGAGAGGAGAUUGACAAGGACGAUAUUGACUUCCUCGACGGCAUCUCCUACGCCACGGACUCGACCGUGGUCUGCUCCGGAGUGCUCGUCGACGAGAUCCCCGACGGCCAGAAGCAGAUCACCUUCUCCCAGCCCAGCGACCCCUGGUUCUACCUCCGCGCACAGGACGUCCAGAAGCCGCUGAGGGAAGGCAAGGCCGUCGUCGACUACAUCCCCAUCAAGGACUACCUCUUCCGCUUCGACCGCGGCGGCUUCUGGACCGCCCGCUACGCCUUCAAGUACUUCAUGACCCCCUUCAACAGCGUCACGCGCCGCGCCCUGAACCGCUUCAUGCACACCCGCGACAUGUUCCGCGCCAUGCACAAGAGCGGCAUCCAGGAUUUCCACGUCAUCCAGGACGUCGGCGUGCCCUUCGACCGCGCCCCGGAGUUCCACCAGUGGCUCGACGACCAGCUCAGCAUGUACCCCAUCUGGCUCUGCCCUCUGCGCGUCCGCCGCGACGACCCGGACUCGGGGCACGGCCUGCACGCCGAGUUCGCCGACCCGGCCACGACGCCGGAGCUGCUCAACUACGGCGUCUGGGGCCCCGUCGACGGCACCCGCCGCGACGCCAUGGAGGCCAACCGCAGGCUGGAGCACAAGGUGCAGGACUUUGGCGGCAAGAAGUGGCUCUACGGCCAGGCCUACUACACCGAGGAGGAGUUCUGGGCCCACUACAACCGCGGGCCCUACGACGCCGUCCGCGAGAAAUACGGCGCUGGGUAUCUGCCCAACGUGUACGACAAGGUCAAGGUCGACUUUGAGGCCGAGGAGGCGGCGAGGAACGAGACCGCGGUCAAGUCUAGGCUCUAUAAGAGCAAGAGGCUGAUGGGGCUGUACGGUGUGUAUCACGCCUACAAGGGUGGCGAUUACUUGAUGAAGAAGGAGAAACAGGCGAAGAAGCAGCCCGUUGAGGAGAAGAAGGCCGAGGAAAAGGUCGCGAAGAAGACCGAGGAGACCACACCGUUAGAGACCACGGCAGUGGAGACCAAACCAGAGGAGAACAAGCCCGAAGAGAAGAAGGUAGAGUAA